AUGGAGGGAUCCCCCCGAGGCGACGUCGACCGCCUGUGCAGCGCCGCCGCCCGCGGGGACCACGAAGAGGUGAAGAAGCUCCUGGACGCAGGCGUGGAUCCCAACGGGACCAACGCCUUCGGGAGAACCCCGCUCCAGGUGAUGAUGCUGGGCAGCCCGCGGGUGGCCGAGCUGCUGCUGCGGCGCGGAGCCGACCCCAAUCGCCCCGACCCUCGCACCGGCUGCCUCCCGGUUCACGACGCGGCCCGCGCCGGCUUUCUGGAGACCCUGGCUGUGCUGCACCGGGCCGGGGCGCGCCUCCACCUACCCGACGGCCGCGGCCGCCUGCCCCUCGACGUGGCGGCGGGGGGCCCGCACGGAGCGGUGGGGCGAUACCUGCGCGACCCGCCGCCCCUUCCAGGAGCGGCGGGGGCUGCCGAGGAGGCUGAGCACUGA